GACAGUAGCUUAGAAAAACUGACAGUGACAGUCGUCUAAAAGUAAAUAACAGAAUAAAUAAAUAAAUAAACAAUAAUAAAUAACAAAAAAAAAUGGAUUUUGAGAGUCCUGAUGUUGAAAAAGAAUUCCCGGGACUUUACGCUUCAGAGUCUGCUCGUAAAAGCAACGAGAGUGAUUUCAGCGAUGAUGGAAGUCAUGACAAGCACGCAAAAAAGGAGCUGCUAGGAAAGAAAAAAGACAAGAAGGAUAAAAAGGACCGCGGGUAUGCGACGCUGGAGGGUGAAAGUUCUCCUGAUGAGGAUCAAGAGACUAAGAGUCCGUCAAAGUCAAAAAAAUCAAAAACCUUCAAAUUUCCUUCAAAAAAACGAGAAAAAUCCAGAGAAAAAGACAGCAAAGAAAAAGAAACUGAUAAAGAUGCCAAGAAAAAGCGGGAUAAGGAUGACAAGCAUAAUGAUACUGAUAAAGAAAAACGCAAGGAUAAAGACAAGGACAAGGAUAAGUUAAAGUAUAAAUUGAAGGAUAGAAAGAAGAAACAUGACGAAGAUAUUGGUGAUGUUCAACCUAUUUUUGGAGUAAGUCUUCAACUAGCAGUUGAACGGAGUCGGUGUCAUGAUGGCAUUGAACUGCCGCUGGUUGUAAGAAAUUGUAUUGAUUAUUUGGAAGAGUUUGGUAUGACUACUGAAGGACUUUACAAAGUUCCUGGUGUUAAAUCUAAAGUACAACAUUUUAAGAAACUUUACAAUCAACGCGAGAGCGUUAACACCGCGGAGUUUGAGCCUACUGUAGCUGCUAGUCUAUUGGUAUUAUUCUUCAGAGAAUUACCAGAAGCAGUUUUAGAAAGCAGCGAAACAAUAUCCCGUUUCGAGCAAGCAGCAUCCACAAAAGAAGUAUCAACGCGAGAAUCUCAAUUAACCCAACUAGUCCAGCAGCUUCCUGAGUGUAACCGGGUGCUUUUAGGCUGGGUAACUUGUCACUUGGAUCACGUAACAGCCCGCGAAAAGACGACCAAAAUGAACGCCCAGUCCAUAGCCAUGACCUUGAGCCCAGUUUUGCAGAUGAGCCACCGGCUGUUCCUGGCGCUGCUGUGCCACUGCAAGGCACUGUUCCCUGAAAUUACACUGGACAAGUACGUUCCGCCAUUACCGGCUGGAACCUUGUGCUUACCUGACACUCCAGAAGCGAUUGCGAAGGAACUGGCGAAGCAAGAGUCGCUUUUAGAACAGAUUCACAUGCAAAUGAACGCUGGGUUCGUGACCAAAUCGCGGGAAGAAUUAUUGUGGGAAGUCCAGAGGAUUAUCACUCAGUUGAAAAGGAAAUUUAAAACCGUCCAGAAAUUAGAAGAAAAUCUCCAGAAGAGUCUUGAUGAUGAGGUUAAAUCUUCUGAUGAAAAUCACGGAGAAACUGGAACAAGUUCCGGAGCUGGAACCAAAAUUUUAGCGACCAGUUCCGGGAACUCUGGAACCAAUUCUAAUUCUGGUUCUUCUGGAGUGUUAAAUUCCGCAGCUGGAGUGUCUAGCUCAUCAAAUUUGGUUCCUGGAACGGCAAGUUCCGCCGCUGGAACAUUAGGAACAGCAGGAACAUCAGAAACAACAGAAACUGCGACUGCAGAGCCACCUGUGGUUGAUAUUGAGUUACCGACAGAGACUAAAGAUGUCGUUGAUGCUUCGGAAGAAGUUAAAGAAGAGGAAAAUGAUAAUUUAGUUGAACGAUUGCGAGAAAUGUUAAUUCAUGACGAAUUAUCAAACAUGGAGACUGUUUUGAAAAUAAGGAUACAGCAAGAAAGAAAUGAAAUUAAGAAGCUUAAUGAUAUGAUUGUGGAAAAUCCGGAAAUAGUGAAGGUUAAAGAUAAAGAACGGGUUCAUUCGCCAAAUGAAGCUGAAAUCACUGCGAUGAUACAGCUAGCCAAAGAAAAUCAACUUCUUGAGAAAAAGAUGAUGACUUUAAUUCGAAGUAUUAUUGAAGAAAAAGACGCAUGCGUUGAAUUACGCGUACAAUUAGCGAUGCAUCAAUUGAUAAGACAAAAAGCUGUAUAAAAUAAUUUUAAUGGUAAUAAUUAUUUAUGACUUUUAUUU